UUUCCCAUACCGACCUUUAACACAAACUUUCACAGGAAGGCGGCAUCUCCGACUCCCUUUUACUUUGAUUCCCACAUUCCAAAACAGCAGAGUUGGAUAAAAAAUCAGAAUCAGGAUAGAGGACUGAUGGGUUCUUUCUCUCUUAGCUCUCACAUUCAAUCAGUUCACGCUUCAAAGCUUCAAUCUUCAUCCAAUUCUGUAUUUUGCUUCCACUCUAACACAAACACAAAACGCUUAUGCUUCUUGAACAAAACUUCCAAUUCCAAAAUUAAGCUAACAAUCUGUUUAUCUUCUCCAAAGGAUGCCGCUUCUGCCAAUAAUCCUCCUGGAGACGGCAACAUCCCAAGCAAUUUCUGCAUUAUAGAAGGACCAGAGACUGUUCAGGAUUUCGUUCAGAUGGAGCUGCAGGAUAUCCAUGAAAACAUUAAGAGCAGGCGCAGUAAGAUUUUUCUCCUGAUGGAAGAGGUGAGGAGGCUAAGAGUCCAACAACGGAUCAAGGACAUGAAAGCUGUUAACGAGACACGUGAAGAGGAAAAUGAGUUGCCCGAUAUCCCAUCAUCAAUUCCCUUUCUUCCUCAUCUGACGCCGAAGACCUUGCAGCAUCUUUUUCUGACAAGCUUUUCAUUUAUAUCUGGAAUUAUCGUUUUUGGUGGCCUCAUUGCACCAAGUCUUGAGCUGAAAUUGGGUUUGGGAGGUACCUCAUAUGAGGAUUUUAUACGCAACAUGCACUUGCCAAUGCAACUAAGUCAGGUGGAUCCUAUUGUGGCUUCGUUUUCUGGUGGGGCAGUUGGGGUUAUUUCUGCACUUAUGCUAUUAGAAGUUAACAAUGUUGAGCAACAAGAGAAGAGAAGGUGCAAGUAUUGCCAUGGAACUGGAUACUUGUCAUGUGCCAACUGUUCUGCAAGUGGUAUGUGCUUGUCCAUUGAACCUAUUUCUGUGACCAAUCCUUCUAGUCGUCCAUUGCGUGCACCAACUACUCGAAAGUGUGUGAAUUGCUCGGGUUCAGGAAAGGUAAUGUGUCCAACAUGCCUUUGCACAGGGAUGAUGAUGGCAAGUGAGCAUGAUCCCCGGAUAGAUCCCUUCGACUUGAACUAGAAUGACUGCUUUUCAGCUAUGUGACUUCAUAGUGGAGGGGAUGAUCGACAUUGAACUCCCUCCCAUAUAUUAUGCCUUUAGUUUUGUUUUCUGCAUAAAUAACUCUACUGUACCUAUAGAUACUCUUGGAGAAAGGGUCUUCAAAGUGGUAGCUAAAGAGUUGAUAUAUACACACACACACACACACAUACAUUGACAUUAUCCUGAUCACUCUUAUCUCUUCUUUGAUCGUGCCACUUUCUCGAUCUUGAACGUAUUUUGUGGCUACUCUCACAAAUGUGAUAUUAUUUAUGCUUGCUUGUCUUACGAA